AAAACAAUAUGAAUGAAUGAGAGGGGAGAGAGAGAGAGAGAGUUGGAAGAAGAAGGCGUUCGAUUUUAGAGAGAGGGAGUGGGAGAGGAUUGGAAACCCUAAUCAGAUAUUCAGAUGUUCUCUCUUCUCUUUCUUAUUCCCAUGUUGAGACAGUACCACUAUUUGCAUAAUUUGUCUGUCCAUCCACCGCUUCUGUAUGUAUAUUUUCGAAAGUUUUCUUAAUACAACACAAUCUUUGUCAUAAUGACUUCAUUUGUAUGAUCUUGCACUCCGGACCGGCUUGAUUUGGUGAAUUCCCUAGAUUUUUUUGGAUCCGCUCAGUGCAAUACACGUACAGGGAUUGUUUUGUGUUUUCAUUUGUAUCUGCGUCCUGCAAAUCGGAUUGGUGAUUGUUUUCUCCGAUGGAUGAUCUGGAUAUGCUGGGCAGAGACUUUGGGUUUGGCCCCCGAGGGAAAUCGAACCCCAUGAGAUCAGGGCAGGCGGAUCGCCGACGCAAUGGCGAUCCUUCCUUCAGCGACGUGUUUGGUGGGCCCGCCAAGUACACGCCGAGCUCAAAUUCGGUUAAUGACAACAAGAACUCGACAAUGAGCGAUUUUGAUUACGAUUCUAUUUUCAAUUCUUCCAAGUCAGCAAGUGAGACGAAUAAAAGUAAUGAUAGUAGCAGUAAGGCGUCAUCAUUUCCUGUUUACGAUAAGCCGGUUUACGAUGAGGAUAUAUUUGAUGGGUUGCCGGGGAUGAAGAGCCAACCGUCUUCAUCGACUGUUAGGUUUGAGGAUGACGUAUUUGCAUCGAUUUCCUCUCCGGCCACGAGUAAGAAUAAAAAUGAGAACAAUGAUUUUGAUGAUCUGUUGGGGAAUUUAACGGGGAACGGAAAAGCACGGGAAAACAUGAGAAGCACUAGUGCUAAGAGCAGCUCGAAUUCAAAAGGAUUUGAUGAUUUGUUAGCUGAGUUCGGGAGUGGCAAUUCUGCUGCUAGGAACAGAUCAAUGUCGGAGUCUAAUCAGGGCUCUGUGCCAGUUGGUGGUUCAAAGCAGGGGAAAGUCCGGGGUGAUCCAUUUGUAGUUUUGGAAUCAAGCCCAACCCAGGGAUCAUCGUCUGUGGUGUUUACAGAUCCACUGGAGGGGAUUAGUAAGCUUGGUAAAUCUAGAAGUGCAAGGGUUGAAGCCCCAUCUGGUGGUGGCAGAGGAUUUGAUGACUUAGAUCCUCUUAAUAGUUUUGGAACACCUGCCCAUUCAUUUUCCCCGGGGAGGGAUAAAAGAGGGAAGGAAGCGAGUCCUUCAAGAUCACCAACACCCCAAUCUGCUAAUAGCAGAGAACAGAAGGGGAACUCCUCUUUCAGAUUUUCGGAGGGCAAUACUGAGAAGGAAAUUCCCGUAGACGAUUAUCAGGAACCCCCCUUGUUUGACAUGCAAAAUGCUUCUACAGGUUUUCAGAAAUCUUUUGGUCAGACUGCUUCUUCUCCUCAAUAUUAUGGAACCGGGUCACAGGUUGAUAUGUCUACAACAUCAGAAGGACAAGGACAGCAGUAUGAUGAUAUAUGGCUAACUGUAUCAGAGGUUCCACUUUUCACACAACCUACUGCUGCUCCACCUCCCUCACGACCACCUCCACCCAUACCUCGUCACACUUCUAAGUCGGAAACAGAUUCCUUUUCUUCAAGAAAGAAGGGUGAUGAAUUCUCUUCACGUUCAAAUCACAGUCAACAUUCUCAAGGUCCUAAGCCUGCACGGCCGGCACCCAAGGGCCCUCCAGUCUCACAAUUUGAUGAACUUGAGGAUUUUGCUAUGGGUAGGUCUGCAAACACUGUUGAUGAAAGUGCCAACCUUCGAUCUAGGGAAGAAACCAAUCCAUUCACUACAGCUGCUGCAUCAGCUGCUAUGAAGGAGGCUAUGGAGAAAGCUGAGGCUAAGUUUAGGCAUGCUAAAGAGGUACGUGAAAGAGAAUAUGCAAAGGCUGCUAGAAAUAAGGAAUCUGUACAGCUGGAAAGGCAUGAAGAAGAUUGGCAGGAGAGAGAAUUUAAGGGAACUGAAGCAAGAUUAGAACGCGAAAGGAAACAAAAGGAAGAGGAAGAGAGAGAGCGGAGGAGACUAGAGAGGGAGAGGGAGAAGGCUAGACAGGCUGUGGAAAGGGCUAAUCGAGAGGCACGUGAAAGAGCAGCAGCUCAGGCACGAGAAAGAGCAGCUGCUGAAGCUCGCUUAAAAGCUGAGAGGGUUGCUGUUGAGAAGGCAAGUGCUGAAGCUCGAGAACGUGCUGAAAGAGUAGCAAUGCAGAGGGCACAAGCUGAGGCCCGUGAGAGAGCUGCUGCAGAGGCUAAAGAGAGAGCGGAAAAGGCUGCUGCAGAAGCAAGGGAAAGGGCUGCUGCUGCAGAAGCAAGGGAGAAAGAACUGAAAGAUAAAGCUGCUGUGGCAAGGGCUGAAGCGGAAGCAAGGCGACGAGCUGAAAGAGCUGCUGUUGAAAGGGCUGCUGCUGAGGCUCGAGAAAGAGCUGCUGCAGAAGCUCGAGAAAGGGCUGCAGCAGCGGCAAAGACGACCCAGCAAAGGAACGAUGCUGAUCUGGAAUCCUUUUUUAGUAUGGGCAGAGCAAGCAGUGCACCUAGGGGACGAGCAAAUUCAACUGAUCCCUUUUUCGAUCAGCAAUUUCAGAACCAGGGAGGAUCUGAAGCUGCAAAGAGGGCAUCAUCAUCUAGUGGAGCCCCUUUCAACAUGAAGAAGGCAUCUUCCACCACUAAUAUUGUUGAUGAUCUAUCUUCUAUUUUUGGAGCCGUUCCAUCAUCUGGAGAAUUCCAGGAGGUUGAAGGGGAAACUGAAGAAAGAAGAAGAGCCAGACUGGAGCGCCACCAACGCACUCAAGAGCGGGCGGCCAAAGCAUUGGCUGAGAAGAACCAGCGGGACCUUCAAGCUCAGAAGGAUCAAGAAGAAAGACAUAGGAUUUCCGAGACAUUAGAUGUUGAAAUCAAGCGUUGGGCUGCCGGUAAAGAAGGAAAUCUGCGAGCAUUGCUGUCAACUUUGCAAUAUGUGCUUUGGCCUGAAUGCGGAUGGCAGCCUGUUUCUUUGACAGAUUUAAUCACCGGUGCCUCUGUCAAAAAAGUUUAUAGAAAAGCUACUCUUUGUAUUCAUCCUGACAAGGUUCAGCAAAAGGGUGCCACUCUCCAACAGAAGUACAUUGCUGAAAAGGUCUUUGACCUGCUUAAGGAGGCCUGGAAUAAAUUCAACUCAGAGGAGCUUUUCUAAAUGUCGUGACAAAUUCGUUAUCUCUGAGCUGCUACGUCUGGGACUGCCCUAUUCGAUGGGUGUGUUUAUAACAUGAGCAGUGAUGCACAAUGCUUU